GAACAUUAACUAUCAUGUACUUUUGUUGCUGAAUUCGGGGGAAUUGCUGAUGAAAAGCAAAGGAAUUUAAUCAGGAAGACCAACUGCAAGGAUCUAAUCUAAAAUAAGAUGCUUUCUGAUAUGAACUGUUGGGAAGUUUACGAAUACAAGGGAUACCAGGUUGCUUUAGAGUCAAAAAUCAUGAGUCUUAUCAUUUUGUUCAGAUGUAUUGGUCUGAGAACUGGAAUCCAUGGAUCAGAUACCUACUGAAGGAUUUCAUACUGAUCACAACUGUGCCCCUUGGAAGUGGCCAUACUGAAUUCAAAGGUUUAUUCAGAUCCAGAACUAGAGUACAGACAACUAGUAAACAGAUGGAAUAUUGAGAUAUACUGCAAGCUUUUAAUAUAGAAACAGAAAAGUGAUAGUGUUUCAUCAUCAUACUGGCAAGGUCAUCUGGGGGAGUGAAGAACUAGCUUUAUGUCCCAGCUGCAUCCUAAAUGGAAAGCUCAGAUUCAAGAUGUAAACAACAAAUGAGCUGGUUAUGUUAGGGCAACACACUAAAAAAAAAAGGAAAAGGGAACCAGAAAAUGAAUAUUUGCACAUCUGGAGCUGAAUCAGGUUGAUUAACAAUGUUACUCAACUCUUCAGGAUUUCAAGACUUGGAAGAUUGCAACACCCAAGUAUGGUUGACUAAUUUAUAGGGCGGGGAGAUAAGUGUCUCCACCUCUCCCCUUCAUGGAUCUAGCAAUUCUGACUCCCACUGAGGAUCUACAUGACACCAACUUCUCCAUUUCCCCCGAGUUCCUGAAUUGUUCAUUGGAUAUCAGAGUUUGCAGCUUCCUGCGGCCCCACAAAUUUCCCGAGGACGCAUUUGCUGCAUCACGACAAGAACGACAUGUCUGCAGGCGGCGACGUUGAUUCCAAGCCGGUGGACGAGGAAGAACCCCGGAACCCGGACGAGACCGCCGCCGACGGAUCCAGGAAGCCCGUCGUCCUUGUGACCAACGCCGACGGGAUCGGCUCCCACGGCCUUACAUUUCUCGUGGAGGCCCUCGUUCGCGAGGAGCAGUGCGAUGUCCAUGUCUGCGCACCCGAUUCGGACAAAUCUGUAUCUGGUCAUUCAAUUACCCUUCACCAAACAGUUUCUGCAACAUCUGCAGAUCUUAAAGGUGCCACAGCUUUUGAAGUUUCGGGAUCUGCUGCUGAUUGUGUCUCUUUAGCUUUAUCUGGCUCAUUAUUUUCAUGGUCCAAGCCCACACUGGUUAUCAGUGGAGUUAACAAGGGAUCAAAUUGUUGUGGUCAUAAUAUCUUCUACUCGGGUGCUGUUGCUGGUGCUAGGGAAGCUUUAAUGUGUGGAGUACCCUCUCUUGUGAUUUCUUUGAACUGGAAGAAGGAAAAGAGUCAAGAAAGCGAUUUCAAGGAUGCAGUUGAUGUGUGUUUGCCACUGAUAAAUGCAGCAAUAAGGGACAUUGAGAAGGGGAUUUUUCCAAGAAACUGUCUGCUGAACAUAGAAAUUCCCACGGCUCCCUGUGCCAACCAGGGCUUUAAGCUGACCAGGCAGAGCCUUUGGAGAUAUGUUUCGAACUGGCAAGCCGUCUCAGCAAGUAGGCAUCCCACUGCAGGGCAGUUCAUGUCUAUGCAUCAAAGCCUUGGUAUCCAACUUGCACAGCUUGGCCGAGAUGCCUCUGCGGCUGGUGCAGCACGCCGCGUUGGUGCUCAGAGGAAAAUUGUAGAAAUCGAAUCAGUUGCAGAAGCUGGAAAACCUGAGCAGAGAGAAGCGGUGAAGAAGUACUUUCGACUGGAGUUCCUUGAGAAGGAGCAGGAACCCAAGGUUGAAGAAGAUUCUGAUUUCAGAGCCCUGGCAAAUGGAUUUAUAGCUGUUACUCCUUUAUAUCUAGAUUUGCAAGUGCAGCCUGAGAUCCAAGCAUCUGCUUCUGAUUGGCUUGCUGCAGUUCUAAAAGGAACUGAAGAGGCUCCUGAGGCUGAUGUGUAGCUAACUACUAGUUUACCAGACACAUGGUUUUAUCUUAUGUUCCUCACCAAAUGGAAGGUUUCCACAUCAGUUCCAGUUUGUGCUGGUUCCUCCUCAUCUGAUUCCGUUUGUUGAUGUUUCUUGUACCUGGGAGAACCCAUGCCCGACCUAUUAACGUUGGUGGCGGCAUGAGGUAGAAGUGUUCAGUCACUAUGCCUCCUCGAUUGUGGUUUCUUUCUUUUCUUGAAGAUAGUGGAUGAUAUAUGUUGUAAAGAGGCGUGUAAGUGUUUGGAUUGACAGGAUUUGUGUAGAAUGGAGAUGACUCAUUUCCCUGCA